GCAUUUGAGAGUCGUACCCGAAACAAACGAAGGUUCAACGUUGGAGGGAGAUUUGAGGGGCGAGCGAGAAGCUACUGCCGUCCAAUUACGCUGACAACUUUACCUUUUGAUUACUACCUUAAUUAAACAUUUCAUUUGUCACCAUGGAAACAGACAGUGACAUUAAAACGACGCCUAGAGGGUUUCACUGCACUCUGUGUAAAGUCAACUUACCAAACAGUAAGUGUUGGAGCUAGCGUUAGCUGCACGUGCGUUGUUAAACUUUGAAAUUGUGUUACUAGUUUCACUUUUUAUGUUUACCCACUGUCUCUGUUGGAUUGCUAACAGCACUGUCACAUAAAAAAUGACAAUAAUAAAACGAUGGUCUCUCUCUGAGAUAGUUUUUCCUGACGCAGUGUUGCUUGAAUGUUUCCUGCAGUGCCCAGCCUGGAGCAGCAUGUCAAAGGGAAGAAACACAAAACGCUGAGCUCUGUGAGAGCUACAAGGAAGACUCAGGAAGAGCACAGUGUGUUUGUCAGUGGCAUCAAGCCUGAAAUCUCUCAGACUGACAUAGCUGAGUACUUUGAGCAGUUUGGGCCAAUCUCAAAUGUCAUUAUGGAUAAAGACAAGGUCAGUCACUAAUUUCAGCAUUAUCCUGCUGCCAUACAGUCUUCCUGCAGCACAUGGAAAGUGAUUCAUGAACAGGGUUGUAAAAUUCCUGGAACUUUCAAAGUUGGAAACUUUCCUUGGGGAUUAACAGGAAUAAAUCUGAAAUUUACUAAAGUGAAGGUUGGCCCAUAUCAGGGAACUCAAAUAUAGUUGGGGAAAAUAUAUUGCAGCAUAAUCUUGGCUAAAACAACCAUAUUUAAUGCAAGUACACUGCUUACUGCAGGGCUAUUGAGACCAUACCCCCUACAUACACUGUGCAUUCCUCCAUCACACGCACAGAUGAUUUUCCGAACCCUUGAGGCCACACUUUUAAACCCAAAGCACAAGACAUUCGAGACCCACAGACUAUAUAAAGUCAAGUAAGUUUUGAUAACAUUAUGGGGUAAAUAUAUUUGAUCUAUAGUAGUAUUAAUAUACUGCAAGACAGUUUUCUGUAACCAUACAAUAAUUUAUACAUCAAUUGUCAAAUAUUUUGAACACCAUUCCAGUUGUUUACCCAACUAUAUUUCUGUUCAUGAUGUUGCAUUAGUGUUUUUACAAGCUUUUUCAUUAUUUUAUUCUACAGAGAAAUGCCAUGUUCACCAUCUGAUGUGUGGAAGCAUUUCACACAAGCUAAUGUUGAAGGAAAGUCUUUGUAAAUGUGUAAAUAUUGUGGAAAGACAUCCGCGAAGAAUGCAAAAAUGCAGCAGCAUAUUGCAAAGUGCCAAAAAAUAUUUACAUUUAUGUUUAGAUAUGAUGCAGUUUGUUUAGAUUACCCCAAAUUUCCAGUUAAUUCCCAUAUUCCCAUGGAGUUUCCAAUUUGGAUAUUUCCAAAAUUCCCCAGUUUAACUUUCUAUGGGAAGUUAACUUUCCAUGAAAAGUUUCUGGAAAUUUACCGGAAAUUUCACGCCCCUUUGCAACACUACUCCCAAAUCACAGUGAACCUUGACUGUGGUGUUUCUCUCUGCUCUCUCAGGGUGUAUUUGCCAUUGUGCAGUUUGAUGAGACUGACAGCGUUGAGUCGACUCUGUCCUGUAUUGAACACCGGAUGAAGGGCUUGAAGCUGCGGGUCAAACCUCGGGAAAAGAGAGCGUUCAAGUUGAUUGACAAGAAGACUUGUGACCCACAACAAGUGCUUGAACGUCUUAAACCUCAGCUGUGUCAGCAGGCGACUGUAAGUUUUUUAAAUCCUGGUGUCUGCAGAUAAAAGUGUGCAUCUGAAAGGCAAAUAUGCUUGAUCAUUAAAAGAGGGGGUUACAGCCUUUUAGGGGCUCAUUUUGGUCACUUUUUUCGCUACGAUACUGCGAGUAGCCAGUUGUUUUUACAUUUCUGCUCAUCUUCUAUUCACUUAAUGAGAUAUUCUGGCAUAAAAUUAAGUCAGGGUCAAACACACCAUAACACCGAGUUUGACACCCCCCUCAUGAGAUAAAUGUUGCCGACCACUUGCUUCUCGAGUUAUACCAACUUUAGUAAUGACCGCACGAUAGCAAUACACAGCGGUCUAAGGAGCCAAAGACAAACCUUAACCAAAGCGCCACUAUAGAGCCACACAUAAUGCUCAAAACAGCACCUAACUUCAUCAACAGUACAUAUAGGGUCCCAGCCAUAGCACUAGCCACCAAACAGCGGGGGACACAGCUCAAGGAAGAAAAUUUAUGAUCAUUAAUUUAUUAUUUCCUUGAAGUAAAAAUCAUAUUACUCAUUUUUGCAGACACGGUAGUUUUCUGCCUUAGCGUCUCGGUCUGAUCGCAUUUCCAUGAAGAAAUGAUAAUAAAUGUUCUUCCUUGAGCUGCGUCACCCCGCUGCAGUCGAUGGACUCGCCAGAGGUCUCUGUACAAACAAGCGGAAGAGAGUGGGUGAGUUGUGUUUAGUCUCUUUGCUAAAGAAAUUAGGCAAAGCUAAAAAGAUGUUUGGUGUCUAGUGCUGUAGCUAGGACCCUAUAUGUACUGUUGAUGAAGUUAGGUGCUGUUCUGAACAUUAUUUGUGGCUAUAGAGCGGCUUUUUGGUUUAACGCGUGGCUCUCUGUGUAUUACUAUCCUGCGGUCGUCACUAAAGUUGGUAUAACUAGAGAAGCAAGUGGUCGGCAACAUUCAUCUCUUGAUGGGGUGUCUAACUUGGUGUUACGGUGUGUUUGACCUUAAAUUAAUUUUACGCUGGAAUAUCCCUUUAAUGGUGCUGCGCCAGUUUAUCAUAAUGCCUAGGUUUAGUGUCAAACUAGCUCAUUAGGAAAAAACAUUUGUGUUUUGGCCUUCAUCAUCCAGGUGGAUGCGCAGAUGCUGCAUGUUGUUCAACAGUUUCAGCUGGGAGAAAAUGAAAAGAAGGCUCGAGGCUUGGUGGUUCAGCUCCUGCAAGAAGUCUUUGUGGAAUUUUUCCCAGGUGACCUUUACAAUCAAACUUGCAGAGAAUCAAACAUGAAAUCUUGUCCCACAGAGAGAUAACUGCAUUCAACAGAUUUUUUAAUAAUACUCUGGAUUUGGUUACAGACAGCCAGAUUCUGCCUUUUGGUUCAUCUGUCAACACUUUUGGCAUCCACAACUGUGACCUGGACCUGUUCCUAGAUUUGGAAAACACUAAGGUGUUUCAGGCUCGUGCCAAGUCAACCAUAGAACAGGUACAAAGCUUUUAAAUACAACACUUUUGGUGUAAAGUGCAAGUUAUGACCAAAAAUAUAUUUUAGGUUCCACAAUGUUUAUAACCAGAAAUGAUGUAACAUGAAGUGAGUUUGAUGAUUCAUUCAACUCAUUGUCCUUCAUUUUUCAGACAGGGGAGGGCAUGUCAGACGACGGCCGCUCAGAGGACUCCAUCCUCUCUGAUAUUGACCUCUCCACUGCAUCCCCUGUAGAAAUCCUGGAACUGGUGGCAGCGAUCCUCAGACGCUGUGUCCCCAGUGUGCACAAAGUCAAUGUUGUCAGCAGCGCUCGUCUCCCUGUGGUCAAAUUCCAUCACCGCAAGCUGAACCUGCAGGGAGAUAUCACCAUUAACAACAGGUCAGUCGAGAUGCAACAUUAAAUGUAGUGAGAGUUUUUAUUUUUUUUGUACGGUGAGCAGAAUCAUCGUAUGGCUUCCUGUGUCCUUCACUAGACUAGCAGUGAGGAACACUCGUUUCCUCCAGCUGUGCACAGGGAAGGAGGACAGACUGAGACCUCUGGUGUACACCAUCAGAUACUGGGCCAAGCAGAAGCAGUUAGCCGGUAAGUCAAGAUGACUGUCAACAUCACACACAGUACUGAUUUGAAUUGAGUGUGUAGGGUGUCUUUGUCAUGUAGGUAGUAGUUUUCUUUCUCAGUCAGCAGAUGUCACUAGAGCUCCAUCAGAUCAGUUUGUAAAACAUAUAGAUGAUUAUAUUCUAGGCUGUUUUUCUGUAAACUUAAAUCUCUGUGAAAGUCUUUUUUUAUUGAUGAGCUAACUGAUUACCUUUACUCCUGGGAGGUUAACUGUUUAUUCCUUUUGACUUGUAUCCUCCACACUACCAAGACAGCGCUCACUGAGGCACUUGUGCUCCCUGACUGUCACAGUCGGAUAGAAUCAGUUGCGUACAAGUCUGCGAUUGUAAUCCAAAUGUGAGAUUUCAGGGGUCUUUUGUUUUUGCUCAUAAAUUUAUCAGGUUCUUAAAUGAAACAUUUACCUUCAACCACAGUGGAGAAAUUAUGCAGGUAUAUUUUCCCACAGCUAUUAUUUAUAUUUUUUCUAGUAUAUUCUUUCUUGGCAUAUAUUCAUGGGUGUCUAAGACCUCACUGUCCCUCCGCUGACGACCUCGGCACAGCUGUCUUCUCUGUUUGUUUUCUUGGAGCAUGAGAUACAUUUCCAACCCGGCUGUUCAGAGUGUGGUGCAAUCUGUACCUGAUUUGGUACCACAUGUGGAAGUGGCACAAAUCUGAUUUAAAAAGAAUCAGAUUCAAUACGUCUUGUGUUGUUCACACUGCCCCAAAAAGAUCAGAUAUGAGUCUUAAAAAAUCUGAUAAAGGUCACUGUGAAGCAGGGCUGUCAACGAAUAUUCUAAAUUCAAAUAUAUAUUCAAAUGUUUUAAAAAAAAUCAAGAUUCGAAUGUGAAAAUUAAUAUUUGAAUAUUAAAUAAACAGUGGGGGAAAAAACUGAAUGGAAGAAAAACUAAAAAAAAAGAAAACUUCAGAUUCUUCAGAUUUUGGGCAGACAGGGUAGGCGGAAAAAAUACUGAUACUACAUGCAAGCUGUGUAAGCUAGAAUGAGCUCAUCAUUAUUGCUUCAAUCGCUAAAUGAAGCCUGUUCAUAAUUCUACAGACAUGUAUCUUGUCAAAAAACAUGAUGAACCUUUGCCACCCUGAGGUGUACUAAAUAGUGAAAUUCUGGCCUCUGGCCCUUAGCCUAAAAUUGUAAUGAACGCUGUAAGGGAGAGGAACAAUGUCAUGGGAGAGAUAAAAGUAAGUAAAAAAGUGAGUAAAAAACACCCCAAAUAUGUUUAGAACAACAAAUGAACUUUAUUCUGUUGAUUCUUCUUUUUUUAAUGUCACAACUUCAGCCCUCCUCCUUUAUCCGGGCUGGGGACCGGCAAAAUUGACUCAAUUGAGACAAUUUGGCGGAGUUACUGUUUUUUAUUUUUUAUUUCUUUUUAUUGUUUUUUAAAUGUUUUUUCUUUUUCUUUAUUUGAUUUUUUUAAUAUAUUUUUUGCUGCUGGUAUGGGUACUGGUUAAAUGGUUCAGUUGCAGCUGGUGCACUUUUCCUCAUCCUUUUCUUUUUCUUGCCCUGAAAAACAACAUAACAUUAUUAUUUUUCUGACCUGGUAACACCAGACUACGCAGUGUCAGUAGUAUAAAGCUGCUUUUGAAAUCUCACAUCACAACAUUUGUGAUGCUGCUGUGCAUAGAUUGUGUACUUACAUAGUUGUUGAUGGCUGACCAACCAGGGUACAGCCGACUGUGUUCUUCCUUUUCCACUCUGGCCAUUUCUUUAAAGUCCCCUCGCUGUUCGUCUGUAAGCUCCUUCCACUGUAAACAGACAAAAACAUAUUGUCAGAAACACACUUAUUUCCAAACUGGAUCAUCCACUUGCGCAUGAACAACACGAACCAUGUCCUGACACACUUACCCACUGGCCGAGGAAAGCAUUCAUCUCUGCGCUCCCUUUCUCUGCAACUUCAGCUGGUACAUCUUCUCUGUACAUCCUCAUAAACAUCAUGAAGGCAUAUGGUGGCUUUUUGAUGUACGAGCUGUCCUCCUGCUCCAUUUCCCCUUUUCUUUUCCUGUUGGUCAAAAUCAGAGAGAAAGUUAAUGUUGUUGCUCUAUCAAACUUUUUUAAUUGAAUAAAUGUUAAGGUAUGCCUAAUGUCAUUUCCAUUCUCUUUGCUUAUUAUCAUGAUCGUUUAUGAAUAAAAUAAAGUUUGAGUAAUUCGAAUCAAUACUUACCUUGAGUUGGAGGCUGUGGGAAGAGAAACAGCGGGACUGGCACAUGCACGCUGAUGGUCAAAGAGCUGAAGAGCAUCUUCAACACUUGUGACCUCUGCAAACUGUCCAGCCCCACUGUUUGCUGGGUGAGGGGUGGUGUUAAACCCCAAACCAGCAGAGUAUGUUGGGGAUGGAGGUGGAGGUGAAAAGGAAGGCAGAGGGUCAGUGUACAGGAUCUGGAGCAUGUCAUCUGUCAGCAGGUCACCAUCUUCAGCCAGCGUCUUUAACACUGUGCGGGGACUGUCCAAUGGGCUCUCUAGGUCAAAAAGCUCGAGUACAUCUUCAGAUGUGAACUCCAUAGCCUCUUCAUCGGAACUUUCUGCUGAAUGAGGGGGGGUGUUAAACCCAAAACCAGCAGGGUGUGUUGGUGAUGAAGGUAGAGGUGAAAAAGAAGGCAGAGGAUCAGUGGUCUGGCUCUGCGUUGUAAGGUGGUUUGACUCAAAGAGCAUGUUGUCACACAGUGUCUUGAACCCUGUGUGGGGACUGUCCAAUGGGCUCUGUAGAUCAAGCUCGAGUAGAUCUUCAAAUGUUAACUCCUCAAAAUCUCCAUUGGAACUUUUUGCUGCGGAAGGGGGGGUGUUAAACCCCAAACCCGCAGGGUACGUUGGUGAUGGAGGUGGAGUUGAAAAUGAAGGCAGAGUGUCGGUGGUCUGGCUCUGCGCCGUGAGGUGGUUUGCCUCAAACAGCAUCUUGUCUGUCAGGGGGUCACGAUCUUCACACAGCGUCUCAAACGCUGUGAUGGGACUGUGCCAUAGGCCCUGUACAUUUAAGAGCUUGAUUCCAUCUUCAGAUGUGAGCGCCAUAGCCUCUUCACUGGAACUGUCUGCUGGGUGAGGGGGGUUGUUCAACUCAAAACCAGCCUGGUAUGUUGGUGGUGGAGUUGUCAUGGUUGAAGAAAGCUGCUCUUCUUCUCUUUAACUUUGCUGACUCGGCUGAAAUAUUCUUCAAACUUUGUCGCGCUCGCUUGCUUGCUAGACGUUGGCUAUCCUGCUUCCGUCUGGAGGUGAAGAGACUUCUGUUUCAAUUACUGGCUAACCUCUGAUGUCAUAAGUCAUGCUCGGUGACAUCACCUUUUUCAAUUUUAAAAAAUGCAGUGCAGGAGGACACUCCAUUCAAUUUUUAAAAAAUGCCUAUCAAAAUCUGCAAUCAUGACAGACUUGAUCUCAGUCAAACUGCAGUAAAUCUUUUCUAUACAGUUUUGAUUGGAUGCAUAGGUGGUCUCUAAAGCAAUGGUUGCAUCAUGAGUUGAUGGGAGGGGAUGACAUGAUGUUGUUGUGUUGCUUGCGUGUUUUAACACCUUUGAAUGCAGUGACACCUGCAUGUGUCCACUAACAGUGGUUUUGCAGCUUUUGGGCCUCAUUUUUAGGUCACCAUGAUUUUCACAUUUGUUUUUGAAUUGUAUGUGUGCGUGCAUUUAUCAUCAUUUGAAAAUCUUAAAUUUUGCUUGUGAAUUGUUGAAAAAUGUGUUUGUGGAUGAUUUAUUUUUGAGACAAACAUCACACAGUUUUCAAGAUACACACACACACACACACACACACACACACACACACACACACACACACACACACACACACAAGUUGAGGAUAUUCACGUGUGGAGAACACCGCCUCUCCCAUACACAUGGCGGCAGUGUUGCUCUCCCUGUUGAGAGCACAGACUCUGAAGAAGAUGAUUGAUAGCUGAUCACCUUAGAAAUGCAGAGAAGUUUCUCUGCUUUUGUAGUGGAUAUCUGUAACUCAUCUUCUUCACAGUCCAUUCCUUUAACAGAGAGACAUGAGAGACAACAUCUCCAGCACUCCUCCUUUAUCUGGGCUGGGGACCGGCAAAAAUGACUCAAUUGAGACAAUUUGGCGGAGUUACCAAGGUUUUUUUUUUUUUUAAGUUUCUUAAUUAAUCGAUAGAGGGGUCUGAAAACUCACCUAGAAAACUCAUAGACACUGUGUGCACAAUUAUUUGGCAAAUGAGUAUUUUGAUCAUAUCAUAAUUUUUAUGCAUAUUUUCCAACUCCAAGCUGUAUAAACUUGAAUGCUUAUUGGAUAUAAGCAUAUCAGGUAAUGUGUAUUAGUGUAAUGAGGGAGGCUGGGGCCUAAGGAGAUCAACACCCUAUAUCAAGGUGUGCAUAAUUAUUAGGCCGCUUCUUUCCCUCAGGUAAAAUGGGCCAAAAAAGAGAUUUAAGUGACUCUGAAAAGUCAAAAAUUGUAAAAAGUCUUUCAGAGGGAUGCAGCACUCUUGAAAUUACUUAAAUAUUGGGGCGUGAUCACAGAACCAGCAAACAUUUUGAUGCAAAUAGUCAACAGGGUCGCAAGAAAUGUGUUAAGAAAAAAAGACGCAAAUUAACUUCCAGAGAUUUGAGAAGACGCGAACGUAAAGCUACCAGGAACCCAUUAUCCUCCAGUGCUGUCAUAUUCCAGAACUGCAACCUACCUGGAGUGCCCAGAAGUACAAGAUGAUCAGUGCUCAGAGACAUGGCCAAAGUAAGGACGGCUGAAAUCUGACCACCACUGAACAAGACACACAAGUUGAAACGUCAAGACUGGGCCAAGAAAUAUCUGAAGAGAGAUUCUUCAAAGGUUUUAUGGACUGAUGGGAUGAGAGUGACUCUUGACGGACCAGAUGGAUGGACCCGUGGCUGGAUCAGUAAUGGGCACAGAGCUCCACUUCGAAUCAGACACCAGCAAGGUGGAGGCGGGGUACUGGUAUGGGCUGGUAUUAUUAAAGAUGAGCUAGCUGGACCUUUUGGGUUAAAAAUGGACUUAAAAUCAACUCCCAAACCUACUGCCAACUUUUAGAAGACACUUUCUUCAAGCAGUGGUACAGGCAAAAGUCUGCAUCUUUCAAGAAAACCAUGAUUUUUAUGCAGGACAAUGCUCCAUCACAUGCAUCGAAGUACUCCACUAUGUGGCUUGCCAGUAAAGGCCUUAAAAAUGAAAGAAUAAUGACGUGGCCUCCUUCUUCACCUGACCUAAACCCUGUUGAGAACUUGUGAGCCCUUCUUAAACGGGAAAUUUACAGUGAAGGAAGACAGUACACCUCUCUGAACAGUGUCUGGAAGGCUUUGGUUGCUGCAACACAAAAAGUUGAUCGUCAACAGAUCAAGAAACUGAAAGACUCCAUGAAUGGAAGGCUUAUGACUGUUAUUGAAAAGAAGGGUAGUUACAUUGGUCAUUGAUUUUUUUUUUUUUAAUUUCAACAAUUUUUAUUUGUAAAUUGAGUUGUUUGUUUAUCAUUCUUACUUUAACAAGUGAAAAUAAACAAGUGAGAUGGAAAAUUUUUCAUUUUUAAUUUAGUUGCAUAAUAAUUCUGCACACUCAUAGUUGCCCAAUAAUUGUGCACACACAGAUAUUCUCCUAAGGAAGCCAAAAUCUCACUUUUACUCCCUUAAGCAGAGAGCACUGCAGUUGUUCAAAACUAAAAUUUAUCCUUAAAAAUACAACUUGCCUUAUAAUUGUGCACACAGUGUACGGAUAAGAGUUGGGACCUUUAAUUGCUCGCACAAGUUAGAGGUGUGUGUGUGUGUGUGUGUGUGUGUGGUGUGUGUGAAUGUAGCCUUGGAGAAGUCCCAACUUUCUAAAGAGACUGAUCUGUUGUGAUUUUUUAGGUAAUCCCGGUGGUGCUGGUUCUCUGCUGAAUAACUAUGCUCUGACACUCCUGGUCAUCUUCUACCUGCAGAACUGUGAGCCUGCUGUCCUCCACACAGUGAACCAGCUCAGAGACAUGGCCUGUAAGUGCUGCAGGUCUUAAACACUUGUCCCAUUGUGAACAUAAACCCUUACUUUUGUGAUUUGAAGAGAGUUUAACCGAACUUUGCAAAAUGAUUAGAAAUAGUUUCAUAUUGUAAAUGAGCAAAGAUGAUACCCACAUUGCAUCUGGGUUUGAUAUUAUGCACUUAUCUCUUCCUAUUUGUACAGGGCUUAGUUCGAAAGUGUUAUCUUACAACUCAGUGUUGCCCGUGUUUAUUUGCGAUGCCUGUUUCUUAGUGGAAACUGAUCCUCAUAUGUGUUGGCUUCCUUCCAGGUGAGGAGGAAGAGUGUGUGAUUGAGAGCUGGGACUGCACUUUCCCCAGCCAGUCUAUCGCUAUCCCACCUAGCGAGAACACACAGGACCUCUGUAAGUGAGAGUAAGAAUUAAAAAGUGUGAUGUACCAGAGAUUUCAAGGGACAUGGUUACAACCUAGCUGCAUCAAAUCCGUACACAACCUUGCAUAUUGUCUUUAUACAGUGCAAAUGUUCUGCAGACCUUAAAUGCCCCUCAGUGUACUCAUGUCUGUGUCUCUCUACCCAGGCUCCCUGCUCGCUGGCUUCUUCUCAUUUUAUGCAAAGUUCGAUUUUGCCAGCAGUGUUAUUUCCGUCAGGGAGGGGCGUGCACUCCCAAUCACAGAUUUCCUCAGCCAGAACAAAGAGGAGGAGGCCAUGCAAGAGGAGAAGCCCUCUAAGACCCAACACCACGGUCCCAAAUUGGGCGCUCUAAAUCUCUUGGACCCUUUUGAACUUACCCACAACGUAGCUGGAAACCUAAGUGAACGCUCCCAGCGCAGCUUCCAGAGGGAGUGCCAGGAGGCUGACAAGUACUGUCACUGUCUGCAGUACCAGCGCAAAUCCACCAAGGGCAAGUCCUGGGGUUUGGUGCGCUUGUUCACCCCCCAUGGAGAUGUUUCACACACCAAGACAGAGCAGCUCACCAUCAGUGUCCCCUUCAAAUCAGUCGCACUUCCUGAGGUGCUGCGCAAUCAGCUGCACAUGGCAGGUGAUGGUUUCCGGCUGCUGUGGUUUCAGAAGGUUUGCUCUGCCGUGGAAGGAGUCUUUCAAACUGUUCUCAGGUGUCACCUCACUCCCACAGACGCAGUCUUCGGUGAAGAGUCCACUGUCAGUGUUCCAGAGGAAAUGGACACUUCCGCAGCGUCUCUGAACACAUCCAUAAACACAUCCCAACCUGGAGCGGACCCUCCUAGUGCAGCUGCGGUCGGUGUGAAAAGGUCCCUGUCCUCUAGCAGUGAUACUUCUGUGUCACCUCAAGGUAAAAAACCAAGACUGGCAAAAAGGGGUAGGCCUGACCUUCCUCACUGGACCUGUGUGUUAAAGCACAAAGUGUGGGCCGGCAGGAGGAAAGUGAGACGGGAGCUGAUUAAAGACACAGACUCAAGGCCAGAAGGCAGCUGUGUGGAGCUGGAGUCCAAGGUCACAGCUCACAUCAUGGAGAAAGAACCAGAGCUCAAGGAGCCCAUGGAGUUCAAGGUUUGGCCUCAGAUGGUGGGUGGUACUGAAAGCACAAAGGCAGUGCUCAAGUUUGAGCCAACCAGCGACAAGGCAGGAGUUUUUCAGGACUUCUAUCAUUUCCUGGAGGCCUUCUUACUGAAGAUGGUGGACACACUGCUGGAGAAACAAGCCCAAAGCACUUGAGGAGAGUCAAGUUUCACAUGUCAGUCUGUAAAAUUCAAAAGUUUUGGUUUUGUUAGUUUGAAUCAAAGUUGACAAUAAUGUCCCUUGUAGAUAAAAGUAGAUAUUACUUUCUAUGAACCAGGAACCAUGUGUUAUAUUUUGAAAAUUAGGCUUUGGAGAACAUACAUUUAUUCUAUUUUUGAGUAUGCUGUUUGUGUUUGUCCCCAAUAGAUUGUUCCUCAAUAAGCCUCCUGUUGUGUUUGUGAAGUUUCCUGGUUUUCUUACAUUUCUGUUAAGAAAAUAACUAACGUGAUAAAGCUCUAUUCAGUGGCAGAUGCUUGCUGUACAAAUCUCAUGCUGUCUGCAAUAUGAUUAAAAAUGUCUUUGUUGAGCAUUGUCCCGCUUAAAGAUUGUGAUAAGACAGACAUUAAACACACAUUUAUUUUGCCUUUAA